UUGUAUUUUUCAGUUGUGCCUGAUGCUUAGGUUUACGGCUACAUCAUGAGUACAUUUUGACAUCUCGGGGCAAGAAACGAUGUCUUCGAGUGUAUCAAUAUCAAUGGAGGCAAGAGGCGAACUGGAUAAAUAUGACAUAACAGUUAUUGUUAUUUACUUUGGACUGGUUCUUGGAGCUGGCCUACUGUCUAUGUUGCGUUCCAAUCGUGGCACCGUGAGUGGAUAUUUCCUGGCAGGCCGCAUGAUGAUAUGGUUGCCUGUCGGUGCAUCGAUCUUUGCGAGCAAUAUUGGAAGUGAACACUUUGUGGGCCUUGCUGGUUCGGGAGCAGCAUCUGGAUUGGGUGUAGGAGCAUUUGAGCUGAAUGCUUUGGUCGUCGUCCAGCUCCUCGGUUGGAUCUUUUUGCCAGUAUAUAUAGCAUGUGGGGCAAGCACAUUACCAGAGUACAUGCACAUGCGCUUUGGUGGGAAGCGACUGAGAGUGUACUUAUCAUGCCUGUCAAUGCUUCUCUACAUCUUCACUAAAAUAUCGGUGAACCUUUUUUCUGGUUCGAUAUUCAUUCAGCAAUCAUUGGGAUGGAACCUGUACUGGUCUAUCUUUCUUCUGCUAGGUCUCACAGCCCUAUGUACAGUAACAGGCGGCUUAGCAGCUGUUAUAUACACAGACACUGUUCAGACUGUUGUGAUGCUCGUGGGUGGCAUAGCCCUGAUGAUUACAUCGUUUGUAAAGAUCGGAGGUUGGAGCUCACUCAUAGUGCAAUAUAUGGAGGCCAUACCGAAUACGACAAAGUUGGAACAUGGUUCCACACACCACACAGACUGCGGCAUGCCAAGGGAAGACUCGUGGUUAAUGUUGCGCAACCCCAUUGACUCCGAUAUUCCGUGGGCUGGUUUUAUCUUUGGUCAGACAAUUGCCUCUAUCUGGUACUGGUGCACUGAUCAAAUGAUGGUGCAGAGAGCAUUGGCUGCCAAGAGCCUCUCUCAUGCUCAGGGUGGGACACUGUUUGCUGGCUACCUCAAGAUUUUGCCGAUAUUUAUCAUGGUUCUUCCGGGAAUGAUAAGUCGUGUACUAUUCACAGAUCUCGUGGCGUGUGUUGACCCUGACGUGUGUGAGAGGGCGUGCGGUAGCCGCACCUCCUGCAGCAACCUUGCCUACCCUCUCCUGGUCUUCAAGCUGAUGCCCAGCGGUGCGAGAGGUGUGAUGGUGGCGGUGAUGUUGGCGGCUCUUAUCAGUGACUUGACAUCAAUCUUCAACAGCAGCAGCACUCUGUUCACCAUCGAUAUCUACACGCACAUCCGUAAGAAGGCGUCUGUGAAAGAGCUGAUGAUUGUUGGCAGGCUGUUUGUGCUUCUCAUGACAGCGAUCAGUGUUGUCUGGGUGCCAGUCAUUCAGACCAUGCAGGGAGGUGAACUGUACCACUACAUACAAACAGUUGCUGCAUACCUCGCACCACCCAUCGCUGCCGCUUACUCUCUGGCAAUUAUAUGGAAGCGGAUGAAUGAAAAGGGGUGCUUCUAUGGGCUCCUGGUUGGGUUCGUUGUUGGAAUUACACGCAUGAUCAUAGACUUCUACUACAAAGUUCCGACAUGUAUGGAAAAGUGGACCGAUGGCGACCCACGCCCUGCGUUUGUGAAGAAUGUGCACUACAUGUACUUUGCACUGAUCUUGUUCUGGCUGACCAUCACCACAGCAGUCAUCGUCAGCUUACUGACCUCACCACUUCCAGCAAAACAUUUGGUGAGAACGACAUACUGGACUCGAAAUGACCAUCGCGAGAUUGUUGACGAGGAUCACUUUGAUGAGGCAGCAGGUAUCCACGACAACGAACGCGAACAACCGGGAAUCCCGAUGGAAGAAAAAAACAAAACAGAAACAGUGGACCAAGAAAGUUCGUCACCAGUUGAACAUGAUUACGUAGCACCAACGUUUCGUAAGUGA